CGUACAGUGUAACACUGGCCGUCUAGUUUAAGUGACACGACCUGGCUGGAGAAGAAAAAAACAAAAAGGUGCCAGUCGCUGGACAGUCGCUGACCAGAACGGCCACACAGAACAAUGGCUCAACUCAAGACCACAUAAAUUAAACGAAAAAAAUAAAAGAACCACAAUACAUUUAGUGGCAACUUUAAUCACCUAAAACAAAGGACUUUAUCUAAUUGGAAUUCUACAUUAUCAUUAUAAACGAGUAAUUGAUACCAAACAGAUAUGUUGGUGAGACAAAUAAGGCAACCAUUCUGUCUAUCAAUGUUUCAGACAUAAUGUGGUAUCAAACAUCGCAACAGUGACGGUCGGUCGUGCUCGAGUGCUGUUUAUAAACAAUGAUAGUGAUAUUAUAGUCAUAUUUUGAAUUAAUCCGUCAACAGAAAAAAAAACGAAAAUGGCGGAAGAAAAAACAAAGCCAGUCGAUACGGAAGAAAAGCCAUUGAACAAGGAUGCCAUUCCUAGCCUGUAUAAAGACAAAAGUUUCAGAGAAAAGUUGAGAUAUAUUAAGGACAACAUCACUGUGGAACCAUUGUUAGCUGGUCUGAUCAUUCCAAGUAUUAUUUCAAGGUUUGCUAUGGGAAAUCUUAAUUUGGACAAAGCGUGUCGUGUUAAUUUUGGUUUUGGAGACGAGAUUUGUGAUGCGUUAGUAAGUAAGACGAGUAAGAACUUUACGGAGUACGAGCAGGCGGUGCAGCAGCUGAUCUCUUCAAUAGACAUUUGGAAGAGUGUGAUCUCAACGGCGUUACCAUGUAUUAUAAUAAUGUUCCUAGGAGCGUGGAGUGAUAGAACAGGGAAACGAAAACUAAUUAUAUUACUUCCAAUUUACGGAGAACUGUUAACGUCGAUAAAUAAUUUAGUAAAUGUCUAUUUCUUCUAUGAGAUUCCUGUGCAAGUUACGGUGUUCUUAGAGACGCUAUUUCCAGCCAUUACUGGUGGUUGGGUGACAAUGUUUUUGGGUGUAUUCAGUUACAUUAGUGAUAUUACUUCGGAAGAGUCCAGAACAUUUAGAGUGGGUCUUGUGAACUUUUGUAUGACCGCCGGUCUGCCUAUUGGUAUCGGUAUCAGUGGGUUUUUGCUGCAGAGGAUGGGAUACUAUGGACUAUUCACAUUGACAAGUGGACUGUUUUCCCUUGUGCUGAUGUAUGGCACUUUCUGCUUGAAGGAGCCUGAUCAGUGGCUUCAGGAGAAAGGACUGCCACCGAUCGAGAGAACUAUAGACAAUAAUGUAUCGUUUUUCGAUCUAUCCCACGUGGCGGAGACGAUAGCUGUCGCCUUCAGACCUCGUACUAAGAACAAGAAGACGAAGAUCCUGCUCACUCUGCUGAUGGUAUUCCUACUCUUCGGACCUACUUCGUCGGAACAUGGAGUGUUCUACCUGUUCGUCAGGAACCGUCUCAACUGGGACAUGGUCAAGUAUGGAGUCUACGUCAGCUACUCCAUUGUACUACAUUCAUUUGGUGCGAUGUUUUCCAUCACUGUACUGAGCAAACGUCUGCAGGUUGAUGAUUGCUUGCUGUGUUUCAUUUCUGUUAUCAGCAAGAUCGCCGGGUCCAUAUGGACUGCAUUCGUCACGACCGACAUUGAAAUGUAUUUGGUGCCUGUCGCUGAGCUACUAAAUGCCACAACAUUUACGUCACUGCGUUCCAUCAUAUCCAAGUUGGUGGAAAAACAGGAGAAUGCCAAAGUGAACUCAUUGUUCUCCCUAACGGAGACGACAGCAGCACUGGUGUUUCAUCCGUUCUACUCGUGGAUGUACAUGAAGACGCUGCAUUCGUUGCCAGGAGCAGUGUUCCUCGCCAGCGCCGCUAUUGCCAUACCACCGUCUAUUAUUCUUCUACUCUUCUACAUCCAGAAUAAGUUAGGACUGAAGAACUUAAGAAAGAUUGCUUUAGAAGCCGAAGAGAAGAAAGAUGCAAAAGAAGCCGAAAGUAAGAAGGCAGAUCCUUUAACUUUCGUCCCUUCAAAGAUGGAGAAGGAAAAGAUUCAAAUGGGAAAGAAUAUUUAGAAUUAAGAAGUAGAAGAAAUAAGAGUUUGUCAGAUAUGAAUAUAAGUAAAAGGUUUUAAAUUUUAAUUUAAAUCAGAGGGCGCCACUAAAAUUAUACAUAAUUUCAGACAGCUAUCUAAGAAGUGAUUUGUUUAUUAGUAGGUAUAUAUUUGUAACAAGUUCUUAGUUCGCUGUUUCAUUGCUGAUUGGAUUAUUUUGGUGUAUAUAUAUAUGUACUUUUGAAAGUACCUAUUAUGUGUAAGGGUGUUUCCAUGAAUAUAUGGUACCUAUCUGUGCAGGUUCUUACAAAAACCUAGUAGUUUUUACAUAUAAGUGAACUUUUCAUUGAUCGGUACAGACCCACCCGUACCGUUAACCUGUUUCCUUACGUUAGUUUUUUGGGAUAAUUUAUUAAAGAUAUAAAUAAAUGACUACUAAAUACAUCAAGUUUGUUAUGUUUAAACUUUUUAUUCAUAUUUUUGUGUUUUAUGAUUCAAUCAAAAGUAGACCUUAAGAUAAGAAUAUAAUCGAAUUAUUUUAGCAUACUUGAGUCCAUGUGUCGUGUAUGUUCUUUUUUAAAUGUUAUAUAACCUGCA